CUCCGGCAAAACCCGGGGCAGAUCUUAGGCCCGAAUACGACUUGCGCACGCGCAGGAGCUGCGCCGGCUGGGCUGGUGGUUCGGAGGUUCCUGGCUGCUCCGUCCCGCCGCCCUCCAGGCCUCGGCUCCUGGUUGGGACCGCCGCGUUGAGCCCUCAGGAUGAGCGUCCCUGACUACAUGCAGUGUGCAGAGGACCACCAGACUCUGCUGGUGGUUGUACAGGCUGUGGGCAUCGUCUCCGAGGAGAACUUCUUCAGAAUCUACAAGCGGAUCUGCUCCGUGAGCCAGCUCAGUGUGCGCGACUCGCAGCGCGCGCUCUUCAUCCGCUACCGACAUCACUACCCACCUGAGAACAAUGAGUGGGGAGACUUCCAGACGCACCGCAAGGUGGUGGGCCUCAUCACCAUCACUGACUGCUUCUCGGCCAAGGACUGGCCACAGACCUUUGAGAAAUUCCAUGUGCAGAAGGAGAUCUACGGCUCCACGCUCUAUGACUCCCGCCUCUUCGUGUUCGGGCUGCAGGGUGAUGUGACUGAGCAGCCGCGCCCCGACGUGGCCUUUUAUCCCAACUACGAUGACUGCGAUUCGGUGGAGAAGCGCAUCGAAGACUUCAUCGAGUCCCUUUUCAUUGUCCUGGAGUCCAAGCGCCUGGACAGAGCUACUGACAAGUCCGGGGACAAGAUCCCCCUUCUCUGUGUCCCCUUUGAGAAAAAGGACUUCGUGGGACUGGACACGGAUAGUAGACAUUACAAGAAGCGGUGCCAAGGACGCAUGCGGAAGCACGUGGGAGACUUGUGCCUCCAGGCUGGGAUGCUACAGGAUGCCCUGGUACACUACCACAUGUCUGUGGAGCUCCUGCGUUCAGUGAAUGACUUCCUGUGGCUAGGGGCUGCCCUGGAAGGGCUGUGUUCAGCUUCUGUCAUUUCCCACUAUCCCGGAGGAACCGGUGGCAAGACUGGGACUCGGAGGCUCCAAGGCGGCUCACUUCCCUCAGAAGCAGCCAACAGACACCGCCCAGGGGCGCAAGAAGUUCUCAUUGACCCAGGUACAUGA